AUGCAGGACGCACAAACGAUGUGCAGCAUCUGUUGCUGCCCCACAGUCAAAAUACUAAUGAUCAUCUUCAUGAUAUUACUGAUUUUCGCGAUAUCGUUUGGAAACUCGUUGACACUAGCAGUUGUGUUCGGAUCUAAACAUUUCCACACACCGCACGGUUAUCUGAAAGCAUCCUUAGCCAUGGCAGAUCUAGCAAUUGGGAUUUUUGUGGUACCCCUGUCGGUGUAUGCAGAGAUGACCCUCCUGUUGAAGGAUUCAGCACCUGGUUGGAUUGUAUACAAUUCUCAGCACACACAUUUCCACCCGUGCACUUUUAUCGGACCUGUGUUCGCAGGAUGCACACUGGUCUCCAUCACCACAGUUUUCUUUCUCACUAUUGAGCGCAGCAUUGCGGUUUUAAAGCCGCUGCAUAAAGAUGCAGUCAUUACCAGAAGAAGGACCAGCAUGCUGAUCAUCUUCUCCUGGAUGGGCAGUUUCUUCUUGGCUCUCUCUCCUAUGAUUUUCAGCAAUGAGAUUGCGCUGCAGUAUAACUCAUGCAGCAGAAUGUGCAACUACGCGUUAAAAACUACCACCCUUCCUUCUCAAGCAUGGCACAUUCUCUUACUCUUUCCAGUCUUUGAUUUUACACUUCUUAUAGGAACUAUUAUAACGAACAUCAUCUCCAUGAGUACGAUCCGGCACCAUUCAAAGAAAAGAAAACAUCUGGCUCGGGCAGGCUGUCACAGCGCAUCAGGACCGAGCUUCUCCGACAUCAAGGCUGCAAAGACGAUCGGGGCGAUCACACUGGUCUUUACAGCUUCCUUCACCCCCAUUGCUGUGUUUGUACUGGGAAACGUUAUUGGAAAUGAAUGGUGCAUCUUCUCGUUCUUUGCUUUCUGGAUUCUGACCGCGAGCAGUUGCUGGAAUUUUAUCAUCUACAGUGUGAGAGACCAAAAGUUCAGAGUCCGGGCUCGCCAGCUCCUCAGCUCAUCCAGAAUAAAGAGCUCACCUCAAAUCUCAGAAAAAUGA